AUGAUGUUCACUUUUAUCAUCCAUGCUGUGAAGUUGGAAUGGGCUGGUUUUGGAGGCCGUGCUAAGGGUUCCGGGGAUGACAAGCAUAUGGUCUGCAAUCAAAAUGGCAUCCGAAAAGACCUAGCGUUGAUAAUUGCUCAACUGGACAGCAUUGCCGCUCGUUUAGAGGCAGCGGAUACCACGGAGGAUGAAUCGUCGCGGGCCAACACGGAUAACGGUCUUCUAAAUCUGGAGGAAGAUUUAGCGGUGUUGACAAAUAAUAACGCUGGAAUCUCGGCGUGUAACAGUGUGAUGUAUAAUAAUCUGUCCCAUGAGAAAGACAUUCUCACUUUUGCCACAACUCGUUCGUGUUGCGAUUCCGACAUAUUGGCGACCGGAUACAAGUACGUUCCCGAGGCGCGGAAAGCCUAA